AUGGCGACCAUGCUGCCGUUGCGCCCGCGGCGGCCGCGCUCGCGAGCGCAGCAGUCGCGCAACUGGCACACGGUGCACAGCUUAAGCCCCGAUGCCUCGACGCGGCCGCCCGGCGCGGACGGCUGCUCGGAACCCAGGCGACUCCGGACCCCCCUGCUGGGCAGCUUUUACCUGACGGAUCUCGUUGUGGCAGCCUUUACCGUCAUCGGGAAUGUCAUGUGCACAUGCACAUUCGCCGAGGUGCUCGACCUGCUCUAUUUUGCCCUGGCGUAUCAUGGUACGUGGCCCGCGCUGACACAGCCGGAGGCGUACACGCCAUUUCUCCCGCCGCGCAUCGCCCUCGCGGCCGAGUCGACCGGCCCGCUCCUCCAAUGGCGCACAGGCGGCGGCGCUGCGCACCUCAUCCGCGCGUAUCAUCACGCACCAGCCUUCCGUGCAUUCUGGCUCGUUGGGUCACGCGUGUGCAGCACGCGCACUGUGGUCCUGUACGUGCAUGGCGGCGGGUUUGCGCUCGGCUCCGUGGCUCUGUACGCCGAGCCACUCUUGCGCCUCCUCGCGCACAUGUCGCGCCGCUGCCCGUCCAGCACCGUGGAAUGCGUCGCGCUCGAGUACGAGCUCGUCCCGCAUGUGCGUUUCCCUGCGCCUCUCCUCGAAACGCUGCGCUGCUACGCGCACCUCAUCGAGCACGAGCACAUCCCGCCUUCGCGGAUUGUCGUGGCCGGCGAUAGCGCGGGGGCCAAUCUCGUCAUGGGCCUGCUUCUGUGCCUGGCCGGGCAGGGCACCGCGGACGUGAACGAGCGCGACUGGCGCGCGCUUCCGAUGCCCGCCAAGGCCGUUCUGAUCAGUCCGUGGCUCGAUCUGCGGCCCCAGCAGGCUGCCGCUGUCAAGUCGGUGCGUGCAGGCUGCGCACCCACGUUCGAUAUCCUGACGCCCGAGAGCCUCUUGCAGUUUGCGCAGCUGUACACGCGCCGGCUCAGCCGGCCGCGGCGCCUCCGUGGCCCAUGCACUUGGUGGCUGACGCGCCUGCAGCGCCACCGCGCCUCGUGCGUCGCGGCCUGGCUCGCCUCGCGGCUGCAGCGCCCGCUGCUCACGCCCCACGCCCCACUGAUUGCGCCGACAGACGCGCCAACGGAUGCUGUGCGCCACACCCGCCACAUGCUCGAUGCCUCGUCCCUGGCUGCGCCCCGGUGUGCGUCUGACCGCGUCUUGCACACACACCCCCUUGUCUCGCCUACGCUCGGGCGUUGGGACGAGGUGCGCUUAGAGCAUGGUAUAUUCGUGACAUGGGGCGCCAACGAGCUCAUGGCGCCUGAUAUUGCUGCGUGGACGGCGCGCGUACCGCACGCGGAAACGUACGUCGAGCCGGGCCCUACCGGUGUGCAUGUGUGGCCGUUCCUGCAUGCCUUGCUGGCGCCGUCUGGACACGAGCGCGAGCGUGGCCUGCAGCGCAUCGCCGCUGCACUGUGCCUGCCUACGCCGAGUAUCUCGCCGGCAUCGAUGCCGUCCGAUGCCGAGGACGACGGGGAGGAUGCAGCGGCUACCCAGCGUGCAUGGGACGUCGAGCUUGUGCGUAUGGGUGUACAUGCAUGA